CUCUGCUUUCCGCCGUUGCUGCGUCGCUGCCUGGCGCUGCGUUGCCGUCCACCGUGCACUAUAAAUCUCGCCAGCCGUGCCGAGUUGCUUUCACUGUUCAUUCAGAUCUCCAAAGCAGUGCACUCUACCAGCGGUAGUGACCAGGCAGCAAACAGUUUGAGCUGUGCUUAAGCACUUGACUUGCUUCAAAAAUACUUAUUGGUUAUAUAAAUAACAGUUAUAUUUGAAAGUUCGAGAGUGUGUUUCUGGCGUUGUGUGAAAAGUGUAAGUGAAACGUAGUGUUGGUAAAAACUCAAAUAGAUUUGCAAUAAAACUGUGAAAAGUCAACAUUUACGCUGCGAAAAGCUGAAAUUGUGUUAAACGUGAGAAAUAUCAAAUUUCUAAAUUUACUAAAAGUCAAUCUCCAGGAGGAUCUCCGCAAAAAAGUGUCUCGUGUUGAGGAGGAAUUUUCUGCUUAAAGUUAUCUCAAAUCCAAAAACCAGAAAAAAUUAGUAUGACAAUAGAUCAGUCAGUGUCAACCCUUCCAAGUGAGAAUAACAAAAACUAAAAAAGCAAAAACAAUGAUGUCAAACAAGUUAUUCUGUUGGUCCUUGGCUUUUGUCGCCGUUUGCUUGGCGCUAUGUCUGUCGACGUCGGAAGCAGCGCCAUUCCCCAGGUAUCAAGGCGGCGGCUACUAUAACGAGCUGGAGGAGGUGCCCGACGACAUAUUAAUGGAGCUGAUGGCACGUUUCGGACAAACUAUUAUGAGAGCACGCAACGAUCUGGAAAACUCUAAACGCACUGUGGACUUCGGUUUGGCGCGCGGCUAUUCGGGCACACAAGAGGCGAAACAUCGCAUGGGCUUGGCUGCUGCCAACUUCCCCGGCGGCCCAGGCAGGAGGCGACGAUCGGAAACCGAAGUCUAAAGUGUCACAAAACGCCCAAGCAGCAGGCAAGCAAGCGUGCGAAUGAAUAUGAAAACUUCCUGAUUUGAAAAUUUCUGAAUUUAUGCCGGAUUUAUUAGAGAACUCUAUAAGAAUUUGUUGAUUAUUAAAUACAUACAUACAACAUAUAUACAUACAAACAUACAAAUAAAUAAACAAACAACAGCGGGCUAAAGCGCUUGUUGCAUCCUAAAGUAUAAAGUGACUAUUUUUCAUUAGCUUAAAUAUAUAUAUGUAUUUAGUACAAAACAAAACAACAAAACAAACGUAUUUAUUUACAAUCUACACGCACUGUAACCAUAUAUACACACGUAUUUAUAUUUAUGAAUGAAAAAAUCAUGUGAAAAGUAUUUAGCUUCAAUUUAUUGUAUUUAUUAUAAAUAAAUAAAUAUCAAAUAAAGUAAAUUCAUUGAAAAUAUGCGUGUUGAACACAAAAGUUAUGUUUGCAAAAACAAUAACAACAUACAUAUGUAUAUUCUCAAAAAAAAAAAAUAUAUAUGAAAAAACUGUUGCUCCAAAAGUCUUAAAAUUCCGAAAUUAAAGUGAAACGAAACGAUCGAUGUUGGCAUUUUCUCUAGCUUAUAAGAAGUCUGCACAAAAAAUGCUAAAAAUGCAUAAAAAAUAUUAUAGCAAAGUUUAAGUACAGUAGACGAAAACACUUGUAAAAUAAAAACAAAUUAUGAAGUAUUUAAUGAGAAUUAUUUGAACAAAAAUCUUUUAGUAGGUAUGUAGGUUAAGCAGACAUACAAAAACAACAACAGCACAACACGGCUUAAAACAACACGAACAACAGCAGUCAAAGCCACCGAAGCCACCAACAAAUGCCACAAACGAAAAAUUUCACACACACACACAUUAAGGCCCCCGAGAGAACGUGAAAAUUUUUGAAAAUUUCCAACAUUAUAUUAACUGUAUUAUAACACAAAAACUACUAGCGUGCACACUUAAAUACUUCAAAUGAAACGAAAUAUAUAUAUAAAUGUAUAUGUACUUACUUACUUGUAUAAUGUAAAGAGUGACGAAAUACAUACAUACAUACGAUGUGAAACAGUUAUGAGCAAAAUAAAAAAAA